AUGGUGGCCUUCAAGUACUCCGUCCUCGCUGCCCUCGCUCUGCACGUCGUCUCGGUCUUUGCUCAGGACUCGCCCAUCAACGACAAUGCCGGCAGCCCCCCAAAGACCGAGCUGAAGGCAGAUGUCGUGGCCAACUUCCUCGAAGCCGACAUCUUCGGCGUCAAGCUAGUCAACGGGCGGCCGACCAAAGCAAUCGUCGACGUCACGAACAAUGAAGACCAACCCAUCCAGGUCGCCUUCAUUGGAGGCCAACUCUUCAACCCCAAGGUCCUCGAGUCCGAAGGCAGCCCGACGCAAGCCAUUGUUCGCAACCUGAGCACCGUCCGAUACGAAGCUACCAUCCCCGCUGGCGAGAAGCAGUCUCUGCCCUACUCGUUCGUCCUCGACAUGCAGCCCCAGGACGUCCGCCUGCAGAUGGUUGCCGUCAUCUCGAACUCGGAAGACAAGAUCUACCAGGUUGGAGUCUAUGACCAGAUCGCCAAUAUCGUCGAGGCGCCCACGAGCUUCUUCGACCCUCAGAUCAUCUUCCUGUAUAUGUUCCUGUCCGCCGCCUUCGCCGGUACCUGCUACUUCGUCUACAAGACCUACAUCGAGGCCUUCUUCCCCCAGACCAAGCGAGCCAAGGGCCCCAAGAAGGUCAAGACCAUCGAGAAGGAGCCUACAUCAGGAGGAGAGGGCGCCGCUACCGGAGCUGACAACAAGGGCUACGAUGAGAGCUGGAUCCCCUCUGACCACCUUAACCGCCCGGCUGCCCGACGCGUAAAGAGUGGUGUCGCUAAGUCCAAGACGAAGGUUGCUGAGUAG